GUCUGAAUAAUUUUUCUGAAAUAGAAAUUCCACAGACAGCUGCUGUCUCCCUCUUAAUGAGUUUCAGAGACUGUAUAAAGAGGAAACCCAAGUCUUUGUGGAAAGCUCUGAAGAGAUUUCUUUCUAUCCUGCCUCACAGCCUGUCUCCUGAGAAGCACAACCAUCACCACUGACAAUAAUAAACACAAAACAGAAGUCUAGAUUAAAUGCUGUGAAUGAUCUAUGGCUUUGUUUUGCUGGUAUGCACCUGAGGCUCAAGACCCUUUUACAAAAUGAUGGAAACUUAUCUCACUAACAAAAGUUACGUGGUUACAGUGAUUUGAAACAGAAAAUGGCUUUAUCUGUAACCUUCUGAGGUGGAUUUUAAAUUUUCUUUAAAUUGAGGGUACUUAGACCUGAUAGUUCAGCUUAGCACCUUAAAAAGGCUGAGAUCCAGUGUAAAUCAGGUCCUAGGCCAGGCUUAUUUUUCAGGCAUCUCCAGUCUGUGACAGGAUGUUGCUGUUUGGUAAUUUCAAAAGGAAAGAUGAAUUCAGAAGCUCAGAGAGACACUGUAAUAACACUAACAUUGAUGGGAAGAGGAGCCAGCAGAAGCCCUUGUUGAGCAUGAAUUAUAAGCCUUUGUCAGGUUCCAGGGUGCACAGCUGGAAAGGCCAUCUUCUUUUUCCUGCUUUACUCCCUCUUGGCAGCAGAAUAAAAUUUCUACUUAAUGGCCUUUCUGAGGUGGUAAGAAGUGUGGUACUUCUGUUUUGUAAGAUUUCUGCAAAUGCGCUGGGUCCACACUAUUCACCCUUUGAUGCGAGUUUCUUCUCAAACCAGCCUUGCCAGCAUUCCACAUUGUCAGGUCCAGCAACUUUAAGUGGCAGCAACUUUAAAAAACAUUAAAGACCAACCUUCUAAUGUUCAGAAGGAGUUAGGAAGUUCCAGACAUGAGUCAUAAAAUCGAUCUCUUCCACCAAAGAGACUAAUAAGGGUGCAUAGGUGAGUAUAAGCACCUGGGAAAAGGCUCUCGAGGAAAGAGCAUUAGAGAGGCAAAGACGAUAGCACAUUGUGGAAAAAAUCCAUGUAUUUCUGCUGUGGCUGUUCAUAAAAGCCCGAGAUACAGUCAGCUACUUGGCUCACAGGUUCCAGGGAAAUGUUCGCACAGCUGAUAUGCAGGAGGCAACGUGGAUCUCUGAUGACAUAAACCCACCUUUUGCAUUUAUAUCAUGUACAAAUGUGCCCCCCGCCCUCAUGAAUCUCAGACAGAGUAUGUGUUCUGCGAACUGGGGGAAGGGAGGGGAGAUCCCAGCUCAUCAUAUCCACAUUAGGCUACCCAUGGUAAAAAAGACUGCAGAAUUUAAGCGCGGCCCCCAGCAUUUGCUCACUGCCUAGUGCUAAUCUCUUCUGUGAAGGCUGUGCACAUGUAGGGAUCUCAAUCACAGUCUGUUUCUGCUGAGAAUAUAGUAAAACACAGACAGCACCGGUGCAAAAUUUCCCAUUAGUGCUGAAGUGAAUGUCUGAGGUCAGGCUGUGAGAAAGGUGAGGCUGGAGGUCUUCUCCCCUCCAGGGACUGUGGCUGUUGACAGAACUAACAAACUGAAUAAAGCAGAAAUAACAACCUGCAGUCCUUCCUGCUGAAAUAAAGAUUUCAAUAACCUGUGUUGCAAAUGGCAAUAGUAAGCAGUCUCUUCUGUUUCAAACCAUUAGGAGCAAAUAUGACAGGGGUAGAAAUCAGUCUUCAGAGCAACUGCUUACGUUAAAAGGCUUGCACAAAGCCGGAGUGAUGGAGGUUUGCUUUCCUCACAAGCCAAGGAAGCAGAAAGGCAAACAGGGGUUUGACUGUUUCCAGGCAAAUGGGCUGUUUUAAUCACCUUCCUUCUCCCUUUCUGUACGUCCAUACGAGCGCGUGUGAGGACUUUGAUGUGUGCGCGCUGUGCUUGACCCCCAGCCCACGACUGCAAGAGCACGCACCCACCGCGUGACCAAAGAGCAUAUCCAGCAUCAAACAUGGAGGGGAAAAAAGAAAAACAAGGAGUGAGGCCCGAAACAUCCAAUCUGCUGUGCUCAGCAAGUUACUGGUUGUUAUGGUAGUGACGCCAUCAGGACUAGGAAAGCAGCUUUCUCUCGCAGAGGGAUUAUUGAGAAGAUUAUUAAAACAUUUUCAUUCAAAACUAUUUGGCAGAGACUUCUGCAUAAAUCAAGAGGACAUUUCUGCCCAUAUCUUCUUCCAACAGAGACCGGAGAGUUUAAGGGGGAAAACAAAAACAAGCAAAACCCCAUCGACUUUCCUUAUGGCUACCAAAAAGGGUCUUGAAAGAGCUUGUCUUGUGAGCGAGAGGGACACCAAGAAGUACUCCUUGGCCCUAGACAGGAUGAGCUGGCUUCAGAAGAAUUUAAAUGAAGACAGGCAGCAGCAGGAAGCAGAAGUUGCUGAAGCUAAUCCAGCAUAUCACUGUCACGGCUACUCACAGGCCUAUGAGAACAGAAAGAGGGAGCAGCAUCAAGCCAGGAGGAAGCUCUGUGUAGCAUCAGUAAUUUGCAUCUUCUUCAUGAUUGCUGAGAUAACAGGGGAGUAUGUGUGUGGGCAGAUCGCCGGGAGCCUGGCGGUGGUCACGGAUGCGGCACACAUCCUGGUGGACCUGACGAGUUUCUUGAUCAGCCUCUUCUCACUGUGGCUUGCCUCCAAACCUCCUACCAAACAACUAACUUUUGGGUGGCACCGAGCAGAAAUUCUGGGAGCUUUGAUGUCUAUGAUAAUUGUCUGGAUGGUGACUGGCGUGUUGAUAUAUUUGGCUAGCAUGAGGCUGCUGCACCCUGAUUACGAUAUUGAUACUACAGUGAUGCUCAUCACCUCUGCUUUUGCCGUGCUCGCCAACAUCCUACUAAGCCUGAUUCUGCACCAGACCGGCCACGGGCACAGCCAUGGGGCACAAGCCAGGGAACACGUGUCAGCCCCUCGAGAAAAGCCAGCUCUGAGCAAUGCCAGCCUGCGGGCAGCCUUUGUGCAUGCCGUUGGAGACCUAUUCCAGAGCAUUAGUGUGCUAAUUAGCGCACUUAUCAUCUUCUUUAAGCCAGAAUACAAAAUAGCUGACCCAAUCUGCACAUUUGUGUUUUCCAUCUUUGUUUUGGCAACUACCAUCACCAUUUUAAGGGAUAUUUUGAUUGUGCUAAUGGAAGGAACAUCAAAAGGAUUUGCUUAUGAUGAAGUGAAAGCAAGAAUUUUAGCAGUUGAGAAAGUGGAGUCUAUUCACAACCUUCAUCUUUGGUCUCUGACAAUGAAUCAAACUGCUCUGUCUGCUCACGUUGCCACAGCAGACACAACGGACAGCCAGAAGAUUUUGAGAGAUAUUACCCAAGCCCUAUUUGAGCACUACAGCUUCCACUCCAUCACUAUUCAGAUUGAAUCAGGAGAGGAUCAGAAACAAGACUGUAUCUUCUGUCAAGAGCCCAGGGACUAAAGGGAGCAGUACUCUGUGCCAAAUAAUGAUUACUCCUCUUACAGGUCAAUGGAGACUAUAUUUGCUGGUUUAUGUAACUGAUUAACAACAAAUGGCAAUUAACUGACAUAACAAGCCCUGCCAUUGCAAGCAGUGCAUGGUCCUUUCAUUGCUGGUAUCAUCUACCAUGAGAGAAUAUGUAUUGGAUCCAUCCAUCAGCCAGAUCGCCUGUCCAUCAGCAGUUUCUUUCAACUACAAGAGAAAUUUCUAAAUUAUUCUUGACUAGAGCAGCAGAUUGGCACUAAAGCAACACUUAAAGGGUGGCUGUUUGUAAUUAAAGGUAACAAAAAACUAAUCAACCUUCAAAUUACCAACAGACCAAUUAUCACAAAGCGUAAUGAAAUGUACUUUUAGUGUUAGCAAAGCUCAACAUUUACUCAGGAUGAAAGAGAAAAAUUAAAUUACCACAAGGGAUGAAGGGAAAGAAAGUGAUGGUGGCAUGUCUGCUUUUUGGCAGACACUCCUCUUCCUGAUACAUGUAAGUAUCAGAUGUGUACCAUGCUCUGCAGCAUGGAUCACAAGAGAAUUUACUCCAUUCACAUUUGGCAAAUAGGUCUUUGGUUUUUUAGCUAGCCCUCAGGCAAACUCUUUUCUGCCAGAUAUGAGCAGUAUUCUCUACUAUCAAGACAGCCCAUAACUCAUAUAGCACUGCAUCAUGAUGAGUUAUGAUAGAAGAUUUGAGGUGGACUUUUGCGUGUCUGUGUCACAAGGUACCACUGAGUCAUGACAAUAAAACAGAUCAGGUGCUCUUAAACAUGAAAAAAUAAUUAUGGCAAGGGAAGAAUGGGGCCCAUUCUGAACAUCCUGUCUAGUGUCAUAGUUCAUGGUACAGCCUGUGGGGUGUUCCCCAGUAACACUACAUCCUGAAGUUAAAAAAACUUUUGGCAUAUCACACAGCCAUUCACUGUAAAGGGAAGAGAAGCAUCUCUCCUUCAGGUAGCUAAUUUCCACAUUUCCUAACAGGAUGUGUGUUGUGGGUUAGGAAUGGUAUUCCCCAAUUUUAUGUUCCUACCAAAACAUUCCAAACCACGUGCUGCUAGCUCACUCCCCCGUUUCCCUUCCUCUUCCCCUGCAGCCAGAUGGAGAAGAGAAUUGGAGUCACAAAAGGUAAAGAUUAUGGAUAGAGAUAAGAACAAUUUACUGGAAACAGCAACAGAAUAAGAAAAUGAACAGUAACAGCAACUAUAUUAAUAACAGAGUGUAAAGAGGUGAACCAUUCCCAAGAGAGUGCUCACCACUACACCACGCAUAGACCCCCGACAAUACCUCACUGUGCCACCACACUACAUGACCUGUACAGAACCCCUCCCCCUGUCCCUGGAAAAUGUUUUGUGGUGUUGUUUUGAUGUGAGGUGGUAUAGAAUAACCUCUGUGUCUUAGCCAUGCCCCCUCCUGGCUACUGCAAAAAUCAACCCUGUCUUGGCCAGAACCAGGGCGAAGCGUCAAAUUUCCCUCCUUUUUAUGCCUGAACUUUGCCUCCUUUUCAUGGCAGAGCUUUGAACAAAGAGUCAGGUCUUGCUGUGCCUCUAUUUUUGCCCAAGCAACUGAAUUAAACUCUCACCUGUUAGCAAAAGCAAGGGUUGCACUUCAAAAUAUAUGCUCCAGUGCUUCAAAAAACAACUCCAAUUCUGCCCCUGGCCAUAAUAAUGCAGUUUUGUUUUCUCUGUGGAACUGACCUAAUGUUUUGCCACUCCACAAUCCUCUCUCCAAGAGCUGUAGGGCUCACCUUACUAACAGGUUUGUUAGAACAAAAUAAAUUAUGUCAUACCAAGUGGUACUGAGUUUCUAGACUGACAGGUGGAAGGACCAUUGUGUUAUUAAG